GGCGGCAUUUGGCCUCCUGACAUUGUGCUCCCUUAACUGAAGAGUUUCUUUCCCUCCUUGGCUCAGCCUUGAGCUGGCAGCAGGCUCUAUGUACCGUUGUGGUUUUAGAGCUCAGCUCUGUUUGACGUAAGCGGAACAUUUCUUAGUUUCACCACUCCGUCUGCUUCUGGCUUCCGAAGAAGCAAGGUGGGAUACCAGGUGGGGGAGAGGGAAAUACACUUCAAGUAGUUCUAUUUUGCAUUUAUUUAUUUAUUCUUGCUGCUUCCUGUUGUUUGCUAUGAGAUUUGUUUUCCAGAGAGAGCUGGAGAGCAAGGGGAGGGGAAGCUCACAGUCUGGCUAAUUAUUUUUGGUGUGGGUGCCAGGGAUAGCUGGGAAUUAUCUCUCCCAGCAUCAGAGGCUGAGUGGGGUUGUAGGCUGCUGACUGAUGAGCACCUCCGUGUGAUGUAACCCUGCAUUGAGUAACUUGGCUAUUUUUAUGCUCUUACUACAUCUUAAAUUAGCAGCGGUCAUAUUGCUGCAUAAAAGGCUGUGGGUCUAAUGUCUUGUAUUAAUGGGUGCCUGGAUUAAUAACAUUAUUUAUUGCAGGACUGCUGCUUAUUUCAGGUAUAAUAGGAAAAGUGGGGUCUCUUCAGACUGCUGAGUUCGCAUAAUAGCUGUGCUGACAAACUGCUGCUUGUUGGGAUGCUAAAAGAGCCUGGGAGGCUGAUGUGAAACAUGUAUUUCCCUACGAGUCUAAUUAGGGCCGUGGGAGGAGAGAGCAUUGGUGUUGCAGAUCCAGCCUCCCACUGGCUUACAUACAAAACUGAAAGUAUGACUCUUUCCCCCGCCUUCUCCCUGUCUCAAAGGAAAGGCCACGGUUUCCUAAUGAAUACAUGGUGAGCAGUUCUGUCCGUAGCACACUGUGAUGAGUAAGUUGAAUAGUGCAUGGACAAACACCAUGAUGCUGCUCAUGAAAUUAUUGAGACAAUUCGGUGGGUCUGUGAAGAAAUCCCAGAUCUCAAGCUUGCCAUGGAAAACUACGUUUUAAUUGACUAUGAUACAAAAAGCUUUGAGAGCAUGCAGAGGCUUUGUGACAAGUACAACCGAGCCAUCGAUAGCAUUCACCAGUUGUGGAAGGGAACCACCCAACCGAUGAAACUGAACACUCGUCCCUCCAACGGGCUCCUCCGGCACAUCCUGCAGCAGGUGUAUAACCACUCGGUGACUGAUCCUGAGAAGCUGAACAACUAUGAGCCCUUUUCCCCAGAGGUUUACGGAGAAACUUCCUUUGACUUAGUGGCCCAAAUGAUAGAUGAAAUUAAAAUGACAGAGGAUGAUUUGUUUGUCGACUUGGGCAGUGGUGUGGGUCAGGUGGUGCUUCAAGUGGCUGCAGCCACCAACUGCAAACAUCACUAUGGUGUGGAGAAAGCUGAUAUUCCAGCCAAAUAUGCUGAGACGAUGGACAGAGAGUUCAGAAAGUGGAUGAAAUGGUAUGGGAAGAAACACGCAGAAUACACACUGGAAAGAGGUGACUUCCUCUCAGAAGAAUGGAGAGAGAGAAUUGCAAACACAAGUGUUAUUUUUGUGAAUAAUUUUGCCUUUGGUCCUGAGGUGGAUCACCAACUGAAGGAGCGAUUUGCAAACAUGAAGGAAGGUGGAAGAAUUGUGUCCUCAAAACCUUUUGCACCUCUGAAUUUUAGAAUUAACAGUCGAAACUUGAGUGAUAUUGGCACUAUAAUGAGAGUUGUGGAGCUAUCACCACUGAAAGGGUCUGUGUCAUGGACCGGGAAACCAGUUUCUUACUACCUGCAUACUAUUGACCGAACCAUACUUGAAAACUAUUUUUCUAGUCUCAAAAAUCCAAAACUCAGGGAGGAACAAGAGGCAGCUAGACGUCGACAGCAAAGAGAAAACAAGAGCAACACAACUACUCCAACAAAGGUUCAAGAAAAUAAGGAUUCUGGUGCUGAAGAAGAAAAGGCUGCAGCAAAUUCUGUUAAAAAGCCAUCUCCCUCUAAAGCCCGGAAGAAAAAGCUGAGUAAAAAAGGAAGGAAAAUGGCAGGCAGGAAACGGGGACGUCCCAAGAAAAUGAACACUGCAAACACAGAGCGCAAGACCAAGAAGAGCCAAACUGCACUAGAACUUCUGCACGCUCAAACUGUUUCACAGACAUCUUCAUCCUCUCCUCAGGAUGCAUACAAGUCACCUCAUAGUCCAUAUUACCAACUACCUCCUAAAGUGCAACGGCAUUCAUCUAACCAGCUACUGGUGACACCUACCCCACCUGCACUACAGAAGCUGCUAGACUCUUUUAAGAUCCAGUACAUGCAGUUCAUGGCAUACAUGAAAACUCCUCAGUAUAAAGCAAGUCUGCAACAGUUACUGGAACAGGAAAAGGAAAAGAAUGCUCAGUUGCUGGGGACAGCACAGCAGUUAUUCACUCACUGCCAGGCACAGAAAGAGGAAAUCAAACGUCUUUUUCAGCAGAAACUUGAUGAGCUGGGAGUUAAAGCUCUAACAUACAAUGACCUGAUUCAGGCUCAGAAGGAGAUCUCUGCUCACAAUCAGCAACUGAAAGAACAGACGAAACAGCUGGAGAAGGAUAACAGUGAACUCAGGAACCAGAGCUUACAGCUGCUUAAGGCACGGUGUGAAGAACUGAAGCUGGAUUGGUCAACGUUGUCACUGGAGAACUUGCUGAAAGAGAAGCAGGCGUUGAAGAAUCAGAUUUCUGAGAAACAAAAGCACUGUUUGGAAUUGCAGAUCAGCAUUGUGGAACUUGAGAAGAGUCAAAGACAGCAAGAGCUUAUGCAACUGAAAUCAUACACACCGUCUGACGAGUCCCUAUCAGUACAGCUACACAAUAAAACCCAUUUGAGCCGUGAUCCUGAGGCUGAUCAUGGCAGGUUCCAACUGGAGCUGGAAUGCUCCAAGUUUCCUAUGCCCCACAUCAAUGGCAUGAGCCCUGAACUGUCCAUGAACGGCCAUGCUACUCCCUAUGAAAUUCACAACGCCUUUAGCAGGCCCUCUUCCAAGCAGAACACCCCUCAGUACACAACCUCUCACCUGGACCAAGAAAUAGUUCCGUGUACCCCCAACCACAGCAGCAGACAGAAGGCAGACAAGAUGACAAGCUUGUCCUUACCUGACUAUACCAGGUUUUCCCCAGCUAAAAUCGCACUAAGGAGACACUUGAAUCAAGACCAUGGAGUCAAUGGAAAAGCAACAGCUAAUGAGAUACAGAGAGCUGACCAUGUCAAAGAGAAUGGCCUUACAUACCCAAGCCCUGGUAUUUCAAAUGGCAUAAAGCUGAGUCCACAGGAAACUCGGCCCUCUUCCCCAGCGGCCUUACCAGUUGCAGGCGAGAAGGUUUUGAGAGAGAGAACCUCUGUGAGUAAUGGAGAAACUAUCACCAGCUUACCUAUCAGUAUUCCUCUCAGCACAGUGCAGCCCAAUAAACUCCCUGUUAGUAUCCCUCUGGCCAGCGUAGUCCUACCUAGCCGUGUUGAGAAGGUGAGAAGCACACCUAGCCCAGUUCACCAGAGUAGAGACUCAUCGACACUUGAAAAGCAGAUUGGUGCUAGUUCUCAUAAUGGCGUAAGCAAUGCUGCUGGAAACAAGCCACUGGCUUUGGCUACCUCAGGUUUUUCUUACUCUUCUGGCUCCGUGGCAGUCAAUGGAAAUCUUACAAACAGCCCAGCCCAUCUUAACCAUAGUGUUGAUCAGGCAGCUCUGGACGACUCUGGGAGUCUGUUUAACUCAGUAGGGUCUCGGAGUUCCACUCCACAACAUCCUUUGCUAAUGAUGCAGUCAAGGAACUCUGGGCAAAACUCCCCUGCUCACCAGCACUCAACAAGCCCCAGGUUAAAUGGCACAUCCCAGAGCCUGGUAGGGGUAUUGCAAUAUGCAGAUGCUCAGAAGAUGUUUGCCGAAGGAACAAAGGGGGAUCUUCAGUCUGAUGCAGCGUUUUCAGAUCCUGAGAACGAGGCCAAGAGAAGAAUCAUCUUUACAAUCUCUCCUAAUACAGGACAUGUAAAACAAUCCCCUUCCAACAAGCACAGUCCGCUGCCCACGAGCGCUCGGCUGGACUGUGGCCAAGCACACGCGCAGGAUGGGAAGAAGCGAGGCCGGCGGAAGAGAUCCUCCACUGGGAAUCUCAGCGGGAACUCCGGGGUCUCCCCUAAACGCAAAUCCUUACCUACUGUGUCUGGACUCUUUACGCAACCGUCGGGGUCACCGCUCAAUAUCAACUCCAUGGUCAAUAACAUUAACCAGCCUUUAGAAAUAACAGCCAUUUCCUCUCCUGAAAACUCCCUGAAGAACUCUCCUGUUCCUUACCAGGACAAUGACCAGCCCCCGGUACUGAAAAAGGAAAAGCCCCUGCUUCAGACCAAUGGUGUUCAUUACUCCCCUCUAACGUCAGAUGAAGAGCAGGGAUCUGAAGAUGAGCACAACAGCAGCAGAAUUGAGAGGAAAAUUGCAACAAUCUCAUUGGAAAGCAAAUCUCCACAGAAGACUGUUGAAAAUGGUGGCAGCUUAGGUGGGAGGAAACAAGCACAAAGCAACGAGAACAUGAACAGCAGUAAAUGGAAAUCUACUUUUUCACCAAUAUCCGACAUCAACCUGACCAAAACUACAGAUAGUCCCUUGCAGUCGGUUUCAUCUCUGAGCCAGAAUUCGCUGUUUGCCUUCAGGCCCUCCACUGAGGAUAGCUUUGCCAUGGAUGCCAAGAUCCCGGCACACCCCAGGAAAAGCAUUGCCAUGCCCUCCUCCGGGGCGGAUGGGCUCAGCCCCAGUACAAACUCCACUAACGGCUUUCCCUACAAUGGUGGGCUCUCAAGUGACAUGGGUUUACACAGCUUUAUCGAUGGUGCUUCUCUUCCACAUAAAGCUUCAGAUGUGACGACUUCCAACUGCACCCUGGGUUUCCAGUCACAGCGAAGCAAAGAUGUGGGGGUAUCGGAAACGAAUCCUUUCUUGAACAAGAGGCAACUCGAAGGCCUCGGCGGCACGAAAGGAGAAGACUUAAAUCGGGCAGGGGUCAAAGGCAAAGACAUCAGCGAGAUCAGCAUCCGCACUGGGGGUUCUGCAGACAAAAACUCUUUGCAGCAUAACGGAAAGGUUGGCAAAGGACGGGACCGAGAUGUGGAGUUUAAAAACGGCCACAACCUUUUCAUUUCUGCUGCUGUUUCCUCUGGUGGCCUUUUGAAUGGUAAAAGCCUUUCUACUGCUGUUUCUUCAGCAGGCAACCCAGCAUCUUCUGUUCAGACGCACCAUCCUUUCCUAAACACUUUGACCACUGGAUCACAGUUCCCCCUCGGCCCCAUGGCCUUGCAAGCGAACCUCAACUCGGUGACAAAUUCCUCAGUAUUGCAGUCCUUAUUUAAUUCAAUGCCAGCUGCUGCCAGUCUGGUCCACGUGUCAUCAGCUGCAACCAGACUGACUAAUUCUCACACUAUGGGGAACUUCUCUCCUGGGGUUACAGGUGGAACAGUUGGAGGUAUUUUUAACCAUGCGGUGCCUUCUGCCUCCUCUCCUCAUCAGUUUGGAGCCAGUUUCAGCAGCAGUGCUGUCUCUAGCAGCACAGUGCUAAGCUUAAACCCUCUGCAGGCUGUUGCCAGCACCUCAUCCUCAUCCUUCCCACCCCCUUCCUCUAAUUUAGUAACAUCUAGUGAGACUAGAUCUGCUCAGCACCUCAACAGAGCGCCAGUGCAAUCUGUUUUCCAUCCCCCUCCUAACGUUUCAUUGCCCCCACCUCCUCCAUUGCUCGCUUCUAACUCCGAGCCUGCGCUUCUGCAGAACCUGCCAUCCAUCCCACCUGGUGAAGCCUUUCUGCCACCCUCUUCUGCUGCUUCUGUCCAACCUGCUAACGCUUCUUUGUCUAUUAAGCUAGCUUCUCUCCAGCACAAAACCUCCCGCCCCUCCUUUACAGUCCAUCACCCGCCUCUGCCCCGUUUGGCGCUGGCACAGUCCGCGCCCAUGAUCACGCAGUCCAACGCUGCUGGCACGGCCGCUCUGUGGGUCACACUUGGCAUGCAGCCUCCUUAUGCUUCGCACCUUUCUGGGGUUAAGCCACGAUAAAGAGCUUGCUUAGCUAACAGUUCUUAUUUUGUAAGGUAACUAGGAUUUCUACCUCAACCCAAUGUGACCUAUGCAAGGACAACGUGGACCAACUUCACUCGGCUUCCACUGAAAGGUGCUCACCUGGCCUGUGCAGGGGUUUCUACUCUCUUACUACUGGACAAAAUAAAACCAUAAAAAGACCUAAACGACAGAGAAAAGAUUUACUGUGAAUCUGAGUUAAAAAAAAAACAACAGAAAAAAAGACAAAAAAAAGGCAAAAGAAAUGCUUAAAGCUCCAGUUUGUAUUGUUGAUAGUUUAGAUAAAGGUAUUUAUCUUUUUUUUAAAGUGAAAACAAUUUUGACUUAUUUUAUUCCACCUAGAAUCAUAAACACAACUUAUUAUUAAAUUUUCUGAUUAAUAAAGGACUGGCACACCAGCAGAGAUGUAAAGAGCCUCCUCUCGGUGCUAUUUCAUCCGUCAGAACUGUGCCUCUAGUUUGAAUCCUUGGUGCUGAAUUUGGAGGGUUGAGCAAUGCCAAACCCAGUUCUCAGAAGGGUCUGCAGGUUAUUUCUUCACCUUGCUCUGUUCAUAUGCCAAAAGCCAUCUGGUUUGCAGCGGUGGGAGCUACAGAGAAAGGCAGGCUUCUAACUAAAGCUGUGUUUUAAUUGGAACUCUGUUAACUGGGGGGGGUUUAACUGUGUUCAUUACCAACCAGAACUCGGGCUCCCCUCUGGGAUGGCAGCUAAGAGGCUCUGGGGUUGCCCAGGCGAGCUCCACCAGCACAGGCACCUUUGAAAGGAGAAAUCCCAAGUCCUGCCCCAUUCAGAUUGCUUCACUGGGCCAUUUGGCGUUGCUGGUGGCACUCAAGUCACUGUGAAUUUUGGUAGCUAGGCUGGUACCUUGUUUUGAGAUGUCAUUGGCAUAUGAACAGGGUGUGUGAUCACUGGUAUUGGUCAGGCCCUUGCUACAGCAUUGGGAAGACUGAACAUAGGGCUUCUGUCCUGGUGCAGGUAGCAGAUAUUCUCAGCUUGCUGGUUUUUGUUCCAAGUACAAUGUAUUUUGUUAAUAGGGUUUUGAUACUUGAGUCAGAGAUGGAUCAGCCGUGUACAUUGAUGGACAAAGUGCAUUUUGCUUUUGUAUUUCCUUGCUUUUAAGUAGGUCUAAAUGGUAGUUCACAAAAACACCCUGAUCUCGCCUACGUGCUGCCACACGAUCCGACUGGUGCAGUUCCUGUAUUGUGACUUGGUGUUCUGUGUACAGAAAGGGCUGCUCCGAGCAGCAGCUGAAUUUUAUAGAGAUGUGAUGAGAAAAAAUAUAAAUUUCAUAUACUUUUAUUUCA